AUGCUGAGCUCGGGGCUCUUCCCCCUUCUCCUGUUGUUCGCAGCACUGGAGCUCGGCUGCGCCCUGAGUGAUGAAGAAAAGAAGAUCAUCGUGGAUGGGCACAACAAAUUCCGCUCCCAGGUCUCUCCUCCUGCUAUGGAUAUGCUGAAGAUGAGCUGGGACGCAGAGCUGGAGGCCUUUGCUCAAGCGUACGCAGAGAAGUGCAUCUGGGACCACAACAAGGAGAGGGGCCGGCGAGGAGAAAACCUCUUCGCUAUGACCCCGACGCUGGAUCUGGAAUUCGCUGUGGAAGACUGGAAUGGGGAGGAGAAGUUCUACAACUUGACGACUACCACGUGUGCCCCUGGGCAGAUGUGUGGCCACUACACCCAGGUGGUCUGGGCAAGCACGCAUCGUAUCGGCUGCGGGGUGAAAUUCUGUGCAAAGAUCGACGGUAUUGAAACAGAGGACAUGUACCUGCUYGUUUGCAACUAUUACCCCCCGGGUAACAUGAAAGGCCGAAAGCCGUACAAGGAAGGAGCCUCGUGUUCCCAGUGCCCAGAGGGGACCUUGUGUGUUGACUCCUUGUGUGAACCCACUGUAGAAGAGACCACUACAUCCUCUGUGACAACAAAGACAAGCCCAUCCACCACAGCCAAGCCAAAACCCACAAGCACACUACCAAACACAACCACCCUGCCCACCACGGCCAAACCAAUACCUACAACCACACUGCCCACCACAACCAAGCCACCACUCACAACCACCCUGCCCACCACAGCCAAACCAAUACCUACAACCACACUGCCCACCACAACCAAGCCACCACUCACAACCACCCUGCCCACUACAGCCACGCCACCACCUACAACCACYCUGCCCACCACGGCCAAGCCAAUACCUACAACCACACUACCCACCACAGCCAAGCCAACACUCACAGCUACCCUGCCCACCACAGCUAAGCCAAAACCACCUGCCAUGCUACCAACCACAGCCAAGCCACGACCCACAACCACGCUGCCCACUAUAGUGCAGCCAAAACCACCCACAACCACGCUGCCCACCACAGCCAAGCCAAUACCACCAACCACAUUGUCCACCACAGCUAAGCCAAAGCCCCCAGCCAUGCCGCCCACUACGGCCAAGCCAAAACCACCAGCAACUCUACCAACCACGGCCAAGCCAACACCCACAGCCACACUACCAACUACGGCCAAACCAAAGCUGCCAACCCCACUGCCCACCACAACCAAGCCAAAGCUCACAACCACCCUACCAACUACAACCAAACCAAAGCCCACCACCACACUGCCCACAACCUCACUGCCCACCACGGCCAAACCCAAAACUCCAACCACACUGCCCACAACAGCCAAACCAAAACCCACAACCACCCAAGUCACAGCCUGCAACCACCCUAGCAGCCACAAUUACAGACCAGCCCAAAUCCACAAAGUCAGUAUCCACCACAACCAUGGCCAGUUCAGAAUCCAUCAUCCCAGCAACCAUCGCUAUGGCCGAGCCAACACUCACCACACCAACACCCACCACAGCUUCUGCAGCCACAUCCAAACCUACCGCUACAACAGCAGCAAAGCCAAAACUCACCACAACACCAGCACUAAUCACAGUGAAAACCAGCCCGCAACAAAAACCCACUACAACCUCAAAGCCCGCUCUCAUCAGAACAGAUAG